UAUUAUAAAUAGUGCUGUGAUGAACAUUGGGGUGCACUAAAGUUUUUUAUUUUUUAAGUGAAGGAUAACUGCUUUACAGAAUUGUGUUGGUUUCUGCCAAACAUCAACAUGAAAGCCACACGGCCUCAUUAAGAACAUAAAACGUUUGUGAGUCUCCUGCAGGUUUUCUUCUCCGGCUUGUAGAAGCUCGCUGUCAGCACAGCACUCUGGGCCUGGAGAGUUCAGAGAAUCACUUCAAUAAUGUGACAGCCUCAUCCAGUUAAAAUGGAAUUCAGUGCCAACUUCCCUCAGAGACAUUCACUGAAACUCUGUGCAUGAGCCGUUCCUGUUGUCACUUAAUAAUGUCUCUCAUGUUUGCCAGCCAGUGACAGCAUUGCUUAAGUUCAUUAGGCUGGACUGGACUUCCCUGGGAUGUGUGAAGCCUCCCACAGCUCAUUCUGCAUCUUGUUUGGAGCAAGGAGCAGCAGCCCGUGCCACGCUGUUGGGGGCGAGAGCAGAGGAGACUAAGGAAGAGCAAACUAAACUUCGUGCCAGUAAAAAGAGCACAAAAGGAAGCAGCAAGCAAAACAUUGAUUCUUUGAACAGCUCAUUGAUAAACCUAAACUGAUUCAGGAAAAAAAAAAAAACCCGCAAAUAUCUAAUAUCAGAAAUGAAAGUGGAGCGCAGAGCGGUUUGGUCGUUCGUUGGAAGGAGUUCUUCCGUUCGUUGGAAGUUUUUCCCGUAGCUGAGCUAUUGGCUCUCUGCGCAGCAGCGGCGGUGCGGCGGCGGUCGAAGUGGCCUAAAAACUUCGGCGCUGGGUAAAAGAAAAUGGCUCGAACCAAGCAGACUGCUCGUAAGUCAACCGGUGGGAAAGCGCCCCGCAAGCAGCUGGUCACAAAAGCAGCCAGGAAAAGCGCCCCCUCUACCGGCGGGAUGAAGAAACCUCAUCGCUACAGGCCCGGGACUGUUGCGCUUCGAGAAAUCCGUCGUCACCAGAAAUCCACCGAGCUUCUGAUCCGGAAACUGCCUUUCCAGCGGUUGGUGAGGGAGAUCGCCCAGGAUUUCAAAACCGACUUGCGGUUCCAGAGUGCCGCCAUCGGUGCGCUGCAGGAGGCUAGCGAAGCGUACCUGGUGGGUUUGUUUGAAGAUACUAAUCUGUGUGCCAUCCAUGCUAAGAGAGUAACCGUCAUGCCCAGAGACAUCCAGUUGGCUCGCCGGAUACGGGGAGAGAAAGCUUAAGCGAAGGCGGUUUUUAUGGUGUUUUGUAGUAAAUUCUGUAAAAUACUUUGGUUUAAUUUGUGACUUUUUUUUUGUAAGAAAUUGUUUAUAAUAUGUUGCAUUUGUACUUAAGUCGUACCAUCUUUCAUUCAGGAAGAAGGCGAAAAGUGACUGUUCACAGACCUCAGUGAUGUGAGCACUGUUGCUGAGGAGUGACAAGUUGCUAAUAUGCAGAAGGGAUGGGUGAUAUUUCUUGCUUCUCAUGAUGCAUGUUUCUGCAUGUUAAUGAUUUGUUGUGUAGCUGUUAAAGUACUACAAUUGAUAAAUAUGUACAGGGUCCUUUUGCAAUAAUAUUGGUUGUGACUUGAUCCAAGUGUUUAACAGUUGGGACUGUUAAGUCUGACCAUACAUCACUGUUACAGAAUGUGGACUUUUUCAGGAAUGAAGAUACAAGUCUUAACCACAGUGUAACUUACAGUUUCCUUAAAAAAAAAAAAAAUGUAAACCUGGCAGCUAUAGAAUACACUAUGUGCAUUUACAGUAGCUAUUUUAUAUAUUGUAGUGUCAACAUUUUAAAAUUAAAUGUUUUACAUUGACAUGUGCUGCGGAGUGUUGUCUUUAAGGUGUGUAUAAUUGAGAGACGGAUAGGUUUUCUCCUGAGUAGACUACACUUGUUUAUGUAGUAAAAUGCUUUGUGCAUUAUGCCUUGCAUAAGUCCUUGUUCUGCCACAUGUUAAACUAACCAUCUAGCUGAUAAUGCAAACACUAACAGGGAGGGGGAUUUAUUUAUAAGGGCUCUAGACUAUAAUACAAGUUAUUCAUACCAGCAUCAUCUGUUACUAAUAUAGUAGUUAGUGCAGCUUUUCUUUGUGUUGUGAUUGGUCUCAUAACUAGGUUGAACUUUUCUCUACCAAGGAGGAACAAUACCGAACUUUUUUUCCUUGUGGGGUUUGUAUUAUGAUAACUGUUAGGGUAAACUUGCUGUGGGGGAGGGACACAGCUUCAGCUUAUGGAACCUCUGCCAGUUAAAAUGGUGUUCAUGUGGCAUAGGUUCUAGGAAAAUCACUUCAUAGAGAUGGCUGCCAAGUGGUUUUAAAAUUUAUCCUUCUAUUGAAGUUUUUAGGUCAAUUAUGU